GUUUACCUGUUCAUCUGCUGAUGGGCCUGUGGGUGGUCUCCACUUCGGGGCGUUCAUGUGUGAGUUUUUGUGUGGACCUGUUUUAUAGGAGUGGACUCGCUGGGUCACCUGGUAACUGUUUAACUUUUGAGGAACCGACAAACAGCUCUGCACAGUGUGGGCCAAGCCCCUUCUAAUAUGCCUGGGCGGCUCUAGGCUGGAGUUCAGGGAGGGCCCAGCCAGCGCUGUAAAGGGAAGUGGAGGCCCCACUGGAGAAGGGGUGCAAGCAGCCCCCGCGGUUACGUUGAUAAUGAAUGGUGUGGUCCCUAGAUACACGUGCAUUCCCUGGAAAGGAACAAAUGGUAAAAAUACCGGACGAUUCUUUUUAAACUAGUCCCGCCCGCCAUCCAUCCCUCCCAUUCCCUCAUGCCGCUCACACGGCUUCCUCCCCAACUGCUUAACAUUUCUCCAGAAGGUUCCCACACGCAUCACAUGCCGCCUCUCCGUGCGCUGGUUCGGUUGCCCCACUGAAAAGUAAGCCCCGAAGGGCGGAAGCCGGUGGCUUCUUCACCGGGGCACCCUCAGGGCUCAGCGACCCUGCCGACGGCACCCUCCCGCUUGGCUGUUGCCAUAGAAACGGCCGGGAAGACCCGCCCCACCUGGCCCCUGCCCCUGCUGUCUUCACCGCCCCUUCUCCGCCUGUAAAAUAAGCGCCAGGGCAAAACCUUCACACGUAACUAGCACCUGCAGUAGGCCGGGGGCUGCUCCACGUUUGUUAAACCUACUAACUCGUUUGUCCUUUGGUAACCAUCGUUACCCCAUUUUACAGGUGGGGAAACUGAGGCACGGGGGGCCUAGCCUGUCCGAGGUCGGGCCGCUGACACGUGGGGGGGCUGGAAGAUGAAGCACCGCUACCCUGUCUCACUGCGGCUGGAGCCUGGCGGCCCCGCCGACCUCCUGCACGCCUCAUGCCGGCCCUCCUGCCGCUCUGGACUCUGCUGCUCCUGGCCUCGACCGCCGGCCCGGCCGCCGCGCGCCCGUCCAACGCCACGAGCGCCGCGCCCCCGGGCCCGCUGCCCGCCCUGCUGGCGCACCUGCGGCGCCUGACCGGGGCGCUGACGGGAGGCGGGGGCUCGGCGGGCCCGGGGCCCAACGGCACCAGGACCAGCGCGGCGAGCGGCGCGGGCGCGGCGGCGCGGGCGCCCCCUCCCGCCGAGCUGUGCCACGGCUACUACGACGUCAUGGGCCAGUACGACGCCACCUUCAACUGCAGCACCGGCUCCUACCGCUUCUGCUGCGGCACCUGCCACUACCGCUUCUGCUGCGAGCACCGCCACAUGCGCCUGGCGCAGGCCUCCUGUUCCAACUACGACACUCCGCGCUGGGCCACCACGCCGCCGCCGCUGGCCGGGGGUGCCGGGGGCGCCGGGGCCGCGGGCGGGGGACCCGGGCCCGGCCAGGCCGGGUGGCUGGAAGGCGGCCGGGCUGGGGGCCCGGGAGGGCGUGGGGGCGAGGGCCCCGGGGGCAGCACGGCCUACGUGGUGUGCGGGGUCAUCAGCUUCGCCCUGGCCGUGGGCGUCGGAGCCAAAGUGGCCUUCAGCAAGGCGUCCCGUGCGCCCAGGGCGCACCGGGAGAUCAACGUGCCCAGGAAGGCUGCCAAAGGGACAGGGUCCAGGACUAGGUGGCGGAUGCGGAAAGGACCACAGAAAGGGGCUCUGGUGGAUAUUCUGAGACAUCAGGCGGGGCCUGGGACCCGCCCCGACCGGGCGCGAAGCAGCUCCUUGACCCCGGGGGUCGGGGGUCCCGACAGCAUGCCCCCGAGGACGCCCAAGAACCUCUACAACACCGUGAAGCCCGCCAAUCUCGAUAAUCUGCGUCACAACUACCCGCACCUCAACAUGAACAGCCCCAAGCACCACGCGACCAUGCUGGACUGGCGGGCAGUCCCGCCACCCAGCCCCUCCUUGCACUACUCUACGCUGUCCUGCUCUCGGUCCUUCCACAACCUCUCGCAUCUGCCCCCAUCCUACGAGGCUGCUGUGAAAUCUGAACUCAACCGCUAUUCCUCCCUCAAGAGGCUGGCCGAGAAGGACCUGGACGAGGCCUAUCUGAAGCGCCGGCACCUGGCCGAGGUGCCCCGCGGGACGCUGCCCCUGCACGCACUGCGGCGCCCUGGCACAGGGGGUGGCUACCGCAUGGAUGGCUGGGGCAGCCCCGACGAGCUGGGCCUGGCGCCUGCGCUGAACCCGCGGCGCGUCAUGUCCCAGGAGCACCUGCUGGGCGAUGGGGGCCGGUCGCGCUACGAAUUCACUCUGCCGCGCGCGCGCCUCGUGUCACAGGAGCACUUGCUCCUGUCGUCGCCUGAGGCCCUGCGCCAAAGCCGUGAGCACCUGCUGUCACCCCCGCGCAGCCCCGCACUGCCCCCCGAGCCCACCGUCCGCGCCAGCCUGAACGCCUCCCACUCCAACCUGCUGCUGGGGCCGGGAGGGCCCCCCACGCCGCUGCACGGGCUGCCGCCGCCGCCUGGCCUGCACGCUCACCACCACCACGGCCUGCACGGCUCGCCGCAGCCCGCCUGGAUGUCCGACGCGGGCGGGGGCACGCUGGCCCGCAGGCCGCCCUUCCAGCGCCAGGGCACCCUGGAGCAGCUGCAGUUCAUCCCCGGCCAUCACCUGCCCCAACACCUGCGCACCGCCAGCAAGAAUGAGGUGACUGUGUGAAGCUGGGCCUGGGGGCUGGGGCUGCUGCCCUGUGGGCCCCCAUCCCAGCAGGGUCCCCUCCACACACUCCAUGGGCCUGGGACCCAGAGCGGCCUGAGGCCAGGGGCUGCUGCUGAGGACACUGCUUGGGAAGAAGUGGUCACUGGAGACAAAGCCUCCUUCUGGGAUGUCACAGCAGACAAGUUCCUCCUCCUGUCACUCUUUGAGGCGAGGCCUGCCCAAGGUCAUCACUAGAGGCCAUGUCUAUGUUCCUGUGGUGUCAUCAGACUUCCUGUGGUGUCAGAGACGAGACAAUGCCUUGUCCUAUGACCUAAUCCCCAGGGACAAAGGUUCCUUCCCGUGGUGUCACUGGAGAGACAAGUCUCACCCUUAUGAUGUCAUCUCUGGCACCAAAAAUUCUACUUCGACAUCAUCACCAGGAAAUUUUCUUCCAAAGAAGAUGCCUCUGUCUAUGCUGUUGUCACUACAGACAAAGCCAUCUUCCAGGGCACGUGCAGAGGAAACCCAUCGCUGACCGUGUCCUCACUGGACAAAGGGCCUCCUUCCCCUAACAGUGCCACAGGGCCUCCGCCUCCCUCUCAUGAUGCCAUCUCCAGAGAAGGUGCCUUGCCCUGUGACACUGUCAGAGGGCCUGUGCCUCUUCCGUGAUGUCACCGCCAGAGAUGACAGCCUGCCUCUGGGGCAUCUCCGGGAUGAGGCCCCUUCUGCAGUGUCACCACCGGGCUUGGUCUGCUCAAAGAGGAUGCCACAAGACAUGUCCAUAGUCCAUGACAGUCUUGCAGGUCACAGAGAAAGAGCACUGUCCUGAGAAGUCAUCUAAGGGGUGUCACCACUAUGGGGGGAGCUGCCCUAUCUGGACAGGUCUCCACCAGAGAUGAUGGUCUGCAGAUAGGUUGUCAGCAGUGGCCCAAGUCAGAGGACCUGCCCCAGUGCUGCGGUGUCAUCACAAGGGCUGCUGCUCACUCUGGAGGGCCGCUGCUUGUGCCGGUGUCACCUGAGUUUCCGCCUGGUCCCACGUGCAACAGCCUGGCCACCCCUUCCCCUAACCCCAGGGAUGCAGGUCCGCCAGACUCUCCAUCUAAAGGGAGCUUGGCCUUGGGUCCCACCCCUGUGCAGUGAUGUCACCUCCCAUGUGGCUCCUGGAAGACAGUACUCCCUGGCUGGCCUCUGCUCCCAAGGAGGCCACUCUGGCCUGCCAGGCUCCUGGAGUCCUGGGGCUUACAUGUGGCUCAAAGGCUGCUGUCACUUCUCUCUGCUGUAACUACCAACAUCAUUGCCCCUGUCAACAAAGCCCGGGCCUCCUGUUGGGGUGGGGUGGGGUGGGUGGGGGUGUGACUGCUAUGGGUCUUGCUAAUGACAUCAUCAGUGCCACAAGACUUCCACCAUUCAUGAUGACAUGGCACCUGGGGUCAAAUACUAACCAUGCCUGAUGGUGAUGUCACAUCCCAGGAUUCCUAUGACCUAUGGUGUCUUCGUCUCCCAGGAUCCACCAUAGCCAUGGUGUCAUCACCUCUGAGGAUCCGCUUCAGCCAUGGUGUCACCACCUCCCAGCAUCCAUGAGAGCCGAUGGGGUCAUCAGGUCCCCAGGCCCAUGACACCCAACAGUGUCACGUCCCAUGAUCCACUUCAACCAUGGUGUCACCACCUCCCAGCAUCCACCAUAACCACAGCAUCAUUUCCUAAGAUCCAUGCCACCCAAUGGCAUCAUUGUUUACCAGGAUUCACUUCAACCAUGUGCCAUCAUCUUCCUGGAUUCAUCAUCUUUGGGGCCAAGUACUACAUGGCUGUCUUUCAAUUGUCUUCUGGGGUCACAUGGCACCUACAGUUGUUCCCUUAAGUGGAACCAGCACAAUCCACACCAUUUCCCAAGUCCCUCAAAAUUGGAGUAGAGUGGGGCGCCUCUAAUGUCAUCAUUCCCGCUCUGGUCCCUCUUGGUGUCACUGCCCCCCUCCUGACUUGAGCUGAACCCCACCACAGACCAGUGGGCAUCCGGGCCUCUCCUGUUAACUCACUGCCCUCCACCCAACCAGCCUAUCGGUGACAGGGCCAACACAGAGACCUCGUGUCACCACCAGAGCGGGGCAUCCCAGUCUUCAGGUGAUGUCCCUGCCCCUUGCCCAAUCCGUUACCUGGAUCCCCGCCCAGAACAGCACUCCACUGGCUUGGGCCAUACUCUCCUCGGAGACCCCUGUGGGCUGGGCUGACAGCUGCCCACCUCCUGGGGCCCUCAGUCCUGUCUUCUGUUGGCCUGGUUCUGGGGAAGGCAGAGAGCCUGGCCACUGCCAGCACAGUGGGGUGGGGGUCUGCAUCAUCCGUCCCAAGGUGGUCAGGGCCAGCAUUCUCUCCUUCCUCUCCCUCUCACACACUGGGGAGCCUCCAGGGUUUUGAGGGUUCUGUGACACCCCAUGCACAACUUGCCCCCGGUUCUCUUUGUACAUAGCCAUGUUCCAGGGGGCGGCCACUCCCCAACUCUUAAGGGCUACAUGCCCCUCCCCCAGCCUCCAGGCAAGGGUGGGGGGCUCCCCUCCCUCCUCUGGGCCGACCCCCUCCCUCUUCUGUCUUCCUGCAAGUACUGGCACCCAAGCUCACCCUUUCCUGUCAAGAAGCGUCGGGCAGGUAAAGGCGGCCGGCCCUUGGCUUCCACGCCAAGGGAACUGGGGGGCUACCCCCAGUCUACCUGGACCCCAGUGCCAGUUCUUCAACUCCACGCUUACAGUGGUUCCUAGGGUCCCCCAAUCCCUUCUAAGGCCUCCCGGGGCCCAGUGCCCCUUGGGCAGACUGUGACUCCCCAGAACGAGCCAGCUUGACCACCCGCCCCUCCCCCCGCUCGCCACCCCCCCACCCCCAGAGCCCUCAGCUUUCCAGCCCCUGGGCCCGAUGGGUGUGGGGCCUCUCUGGCUUCUGUCCGCCUCCCUCAGCCUGGACUCCAGGUUCCCCGCCCUCCUCCCCGUGCUCUCCAGUACAGGCUGCCUGGCCCUGGGGCCUUGACCUCUUAUCUCAAAUAAGCCAUAGUGGGGACAGGUUUGAGGGGGUGUGGAGGCAGGCGUGCUCUGCCAGGUCCCCCUGGAUGCUUCCAUGCCGAGACCGUGCCCCACCCGCUACGUGAGCGCAACAGCCCGUGUGCAGGCGCACACAUCCCACUUCCCAGGGAGCAGCGGGGCGGUGCACAGGAGAGAGGCAGCUCUGGACUGGGAGACCCUCCACGGCUUCCUUAACCCCCAGCUCUCCCCAACACCGAGCUCUCCCCCCAGUUCUUCGGUGAGGACAGCCAGCGGAGCACCAACUUGGUAUUUUUGGAAUAAACAGAUGUUUCCUGA